AUGGGUGACAGAAGAUUCAUUGACUUCCAAUUCCAAGAUUUAAAUUCAAGCCUCAGACCCAGGUUGGGCAAUGCUACUGCCAAUAAUACUUGCAUUGUUGAUGAUUCCUUCAAGUAUAAUCUGAAUGGUGCUGUCUACAGUGUUGUAUUCAUCCUGGGUCUGAUAACCAACAGUGCCUCUCUGUUUGUCUUCUGCUUCCGCAUGAAAAUGAGAAGUGAGACGGCUGUUUUCAUCACAAAUCUGGCCCUCUCUGAUUUGCUCUUUGUCUGCACUCUACCUUUCAAAAUAUUUUACAAUUUCAACCGCCACUGGCCUUUUGGUGACACCCUCUGCAAGAUCUCUGGGACUGCAUUUCUAACCAACAUCUAUGGGAGCAUGCUAUUCCUUACUUGUAUUAGCGUGGAUCGUUUCCUGGCCAUUGUCUAUCCCUUCCGAUCUCGUACCAUUAGGACCAGGAGGAAUUCUGCCAUUGUGUGUGCUGGAGUCUGGAUCCUAGUCCUCAGUGGUGGUAUUUCAGCCUCUUUAUUCUCCACCACUAAUGUCAACAAUGCAACCACCACCUGCUUUGAGGGCUUCUCCAAACGUGUAUGGAAGACUUAUCUGUCCAAGAUAACAAUAUUUAUUGAAGUUGUUGGUUUUAUCAUUCCUUUGAUACUGAAUGUCUCUUGCUCUUCUGUGGUGCUAAAAACCCUCCGUAAGCCUGCUACACUGUCUCAAAUUGGGACCAAUAAGAAAAAAGUGCUGAAGAUGAUCACAGUGCAUAUGGCAGUCUUUGUGGUAUGCUUCGUACCCUAUAACUCCGUCCUCUUCCUGUAUGCCCUAGUGCGCUCCCAAGCCAUUACCAAUUGCUUGUUGGAAAGAUUUGCAAAGAUUAUGUACCCAAUCACCUUGUGCCUUGCAACUCUGAACUGUUGCUUUGACCCUUUCAUCUAUUACUUCACCCUUGAGUCUUUUCAGAAGUCCUUCUACAUCAAUACCCAUAUCAGGAUGGAGUCUCUGUUUAAGACUGAAACACCUCUGACCACAAAGCCUUCCCUUCCAGCUAUUCAAGAGGAAGUUAGUGAUCAAACAACACAUAAUGGUGGUGAAUUAAUGCUAGAAUCCACCUUCUAG